UGCGUCUGACGUCACAACCAGUCAUCCGAUCCGUCAUCAUCAGGUUUGACGCAAAAGGGGAAGUUGGGAGGAACCGAGAGGAAGAUCUGGGAGUGACCGUUUGAGAAGCACCUCUUGACUUCAGUACAGGGGAUUGGGGCUUAAGGUCAUGGCAGGAAGAGGUGGAGCAGCGAGACCUAACGGGCCGAACACCGGCAACAAAAUCUGUCAAUUCAAACUAGUGCUCCUGGGAGAGUCCGCUGUGGGGAAGUCAAGUCUAGUCCUUCGCUUUGUAAAAGGACAGUUUCACGAGUUUCAGGAAAGCACAAUAGGAGCUGCCUUCUUGACUCAGACAUUAUGUUUGGAUGACACAACAGUGAAGUUUGAGAUCUGGGAUACAGCUGGCCAGGAGCGUUACCACAGUCUGGCCCCAAUGUAUUACAGAGGAGCGCAGGCGGCCAUAGUGGUGUAUGACAUUACAAAUGAAGAAUCAUUUGCACGUGCGAAAAACUGGGUGAAAGAGCUUCAGAGGCAAGCCAGUCCAAAUAUUGUAAUAGCUUUGGCUGGAAACAAGGCAGACCUUGCCAACAAGAGAGCGCUGGACUGUCAGGAUGCACAGUCAUAUGCAGAUGACAACAGUUUGCUCUUUAUGGAAACGUCGGCAAAGUCUUCAAUGAAUGUGAAUGAGAUUUUUAUGGCCAUUGCAAAGAAACUACCCAAGAAUGAGCCUCCGCCUGCAGGUGCCAGCACAGGACGCAACAGAGGUGUGGAUCUAACCGAAACGGCACAGCCCGCGAAAGGUCCCUGCUGUAGCAACUAAACGCUGACGGUCCUCACCGCCUAACCAACCGCAUCACAUCUGGACAUGGGGCUCCUCCUUCCAAACCUCGCUCCUUGGAUUAGCUAAAGACUCUGUAUAGCCGUGUUUCUAAUACUUUUUUUUUACUUUUUAUUUUUAAGAAAAAAAUAAUUGUAAAUCAGCAGUCUACUGGGUGCAUGUAUCACUACAAAUGCUAAAUACACAUUUUAACUUAAUUUAGCAGGAGAACAAACCCGGAUGAAAGCGUGAGAGAGAGUGAAAUAUUGAGUGCGUUUGUAUGCGUUUAGUUUGUGGAACUGAUUACCUUAUAACCGGCCCAGGCGCAAUCUGCAGACAUUUUCUGCAAAAAUGAAUUAAAACAUGCUAAAAAUGUGUUAAACGACAUUUUUAGUGGUAACUGUAAGCAUAAUUAAAUCAAAUUAGCAAACUAAUAAACUUCGUGAAAUCUGCGUUUUCUGCACUUGCUCCAUCAGCAGCCGGUUUAAGGUUGUAGUUUGGAUGCAGUAGCUUCUCAUUCUAGUUAAGCAUCUGCUGUGUCCUCAAUAUGCAACAUAUUGCAGUGUGGCUAUGAUGAUAAUGAAAAUAUUGGGCCUUCAUGAGCGUUACUCAAAGUCAUCCAGCUCUUUAGCAGGGGAAUCUUACAAAUGGCUUGGUGAAUCGAUAUUGUCUUUGGGGAUAAAGAACAAAUCAAGGAAGGCAGUCAGUAAAACCAUGUUCAGCCUGCUGUAUGAAUGAUUAUUAUUAUUAUUAAUUGGGACUGUAUUCUUAUCUCUGUGUUAUGCUUAUACACUUAAUGUCAGGCCGAGAUGGAAUCUGUGCAUUUUCAAGGGCAAAAUCUACUGAAUUCUGAGGAUUCAAAUGUUAGAACAUGUUCAGUGGACUACAAGCUUAUUGGUAGCUGUGCAUAACAAAUUAGCAAAAAGUACUUAAAAAAAAAAUGCAAGGAGGAAUGCAUGUAAGCCUGUUGCCACCACAAAA